UCUCUCCGAGGCGAAGCUCUUUGAUUUGAUUUCAGGUUGCUUUGAGUGCCUCUGUUCAUCAUGGCUACUGGUCAACUAUUCUCACGGAAUACACAAGCAUUAUUCUACAACUACAAGCAACUUCCCAUCCAACGCAUGCUUGACUUUGAUUUCCUUUGUGGGAGGGAAACGCCUUCUGUUGCUGGAAUAAUUAACCCCGGUGCUGAGGGAUUUCAGAAACUAUUUUUUGGUCAGGAGGAAAUUGCCAUACCAGUUCAUUCAAGCGUUGAAGCAGCUUGUGGUGCACAUCCAAUUGCUGAUGUCUUUAUCAAUUUUGCAUCAUUUAGAAGUGCGGCUGCGUCCUCCAUGGCUGCUUUGAAGCAGCCAACCAUUAGAGUUGUAGCUAUAAUAGCUGAAGGUGUUCCAGAAGCAGAUACCAAGCAGUUGAUUGCAUUUGCACGGGCUAAUAAUAAGGUUGUUAUUGGCCCUGCUACUGUCGGAGGCGUUCAAGCUGGAGCAUUCAAAAUUGGUGACACAGCAGGGACAAUUGACAAUAUAAUUCAAUGCAAGCUCUACAGGCCUGGAUCUGUUGGAUUUGUGUCCAAAUCUGGGGGCAUGUCAAAUGAACUUUACAACACAAUUGCACGUGUAACGGACGGAAUUUAUGAAGGCAUAGCGAUUGGAGGAGAUGUAUUUCCAGGGUCAACUCUUUCUGAUCAUGUCCUGCGGUUUAACCACAUCCCACAGGUCAAAAUGAUGGUUGUGCUAGGGGAACUUGGCGGGCGAGAUGAGUACUCUCUAGUUGAAGCCCUAAAACAGGGACGUGUCCAGAAACCAGUGGUUGCCUGGGUUAGUGGAACUUGUGCACGACUGUUCAAGUCAGAGGUGCAAUUUGGCCAUGCGGGUGCCAAAAGUGGUGGUGAGUUGGAGUCUGCACAAGCAAAAAAUCAGGCAUUGAAGGAAGCAGGAGCAGUUGUUCCCACUUCCUAUGAAGCACUAGAGGGUGCUAUCAAAGAGACAUUUGAGAAACUUGUUGAAGAAGGGAAGAUUUCAUCAGUGCCCGAAGUUAAGCCUCCUCCCAUCCCUGAGGAUCUGAACUCUGCAAUUAAAAGUGGGAAAGUUCGGGCUCCAACUCAUAUUAUCUCCACCAUCUCUGAUGACAGAGGUGAAGAACCAUGUUAUGCUGGAGUCCCAAUGUCUACCAUUGUUGAGCAGGGAUAUGGUGUGGGCGAUGUUAUCUCCCUUCUUUGGUUCAAGCGCAGUCUUCCUCGUUACUGUACACAGUUCAUUGAGAUUUGCAUUAUGUUAUGUGCCGACCAUGGUCCCUGUGUCUCUGGUGCUCACAACACUAUAGUCACAGCAAGGGCUGGCAAGGAUCUUGUUUCAAGCCUUGUUUCAGGGUUGCUUACAAUUGGUCCACGAUUUGGUGGGGCCAUUGAUGAUGCUGCUCGAUACUUUAAGGAUGCAUACGACAGGGGUCUGAGUGCUUACGAGUUCGUGGAGGGGAUGAAAAAGAAGGGCAUCCGUGUACCUGGAAUUGGACACAGGAUCAAGAGAGGGGACAACAGAGAUCAGAGAGUAGAGCUACUGCAAAAGUACGCACACACGCAUUUCCCAUCUGUGAAAUACAUGGAAUAUGCAGUUCAAGUUGAGUCCUACACUCUGUCAAAAGCGAAUAACCUCGUCCUCAAUGUUGAUGGCGCGAUUGGGUCACUUUUCUUGGAUCUUCUAGCUGGCAGUGGAAUGUUCAACAAGCAAGAGAUUGAUGAGAUCGUUGAGAUUGGAUAUUUGAAUGGGCUCUUUGUUCUGGCACGUUCGAUUGGUCUGAUUGGGCACACAUUUGACCAGAAGAGAUUAAAGCAGCCACUGUACCGCCACCCAUGGGAGGAUGUUCUUUAUACCAAGUGAUCUGUUCCGUAUGCAAGGUCCUAAAGCUGCUCUCUCCUCCCCCCUCCCCCCUACCCCCGCCACUUUUUAUUUUUUUUAUUUUUCUCUCCUGGCAAUUUUCUCCAAUCAUUAUUGGAGCUUUGAACUGGCAUUUGUACUGCUAAUCACAGGCUGCUCAUUUAAUUUAGCUGUGUUGUUAGAAAUGAAAUGAGUAAUUUCCAUGCGCUUGAAAUUCAA